UUCUUGAAUCGACGGCCUUGGUUGAAUUUCCAUGUUGCUAGCAAAUGUUUAGGGUUCUUGCGAUGGAUGAGACUUGGCGACGGCAGCGAUUCGAUGCGCCGCACCAGCAUUCGCUCCUUCGGCAGCGCCGCCGCGGGCGCCCAAGGUCACAAGGGAUUUGCGCUAGGGCAAUUUGCGCCUGGGCGAUCCACGCCCAGGCGGCGGAGAGCAAGCAGCUGGGGAGACAUGUACGCGAAAUGCGGCAGCAUGGAGGAUUCCCGCCGCGUGUUCGACAGCAUUCUUCACCCAAACGUGAUGUCCUUGAUGCUGGGCUACGUCUCCAAUGGCGAGAGCGAUGUGGCUCUGGAUCUCUUCGAGAGGAUGCAAGCCAGGCGGUCGGGCUGCAAGCCAAACUCCAGGACGCGGCAAAGGCUUGUAGCAGCCUCGCGGCGAAGGAAGACGCUGUUUUGGUCGAUGGGAAGCUCGUCAAGGAGGCUAGUCUCGAGACCGGCAGAGGCAUCCAUUCUCAAGCCAAGCAGAUGGGACCGUCUUGCAGCGAAGACGUUUUCCUCUCGAGCUAAGUGCGGCAUCAUGCUCGAUGCUCGAUCGGUCUUCGAUGAGAUGUCACAGUGAGACGUGGUCUCCUGGAACGCGUUGAUACUGGGCUACGUAGAGAAUGGAGAAAGUGAGGUCGCUCUCGAGUUCUUUGGGAAAAUGGACUGCUCGCCAAAGUCUUGGACUUUCGUUGCUGCUGCCAAGGCUUGUGCGAAUCUAGCAGUGAAAGAGGAGGCCACCAAAAGAUGGUGAAGACGAAGAGCCUGGAAAAGGGGCUCGCUGUUCACGAUGGAGCUGUGAAAAGCCACUGCUGUGGAGAUAUCUUCGUGGGGAGCAGCCAAGUACCAUGUACUCAAAGUGUGGGAGCAUGGUCGACGCGCGGAUGGUUUUCGAGAGCAUGCCUCGUCGUGAUGUGGUGCUCUGGACGAGCUUGAUACAAGGCUUUGUGGACAACGGGGAAAGCAAGCUGGCUCUCGUGUUCUUCGAAGAUAUGAAGCUAUCUGGGUGCUGUCCAAACUCUCAGACGUGUGUUGCUGCGCUUGCCGCCUGUGCGAGCUCGGCAAUGCGAGAAGAAGCGGUGGAUGUCGACGGCAAACUCGUGAAGAGAAAGAGCUUGGAAACCGGGGUGGCUAUCCACGGUGAAGCUUCAAACAGCAGGUGCUGUGAGGACGUGUUCGUGGGGAACACUCUGAUCGAUAUGUACGCGAAGUGUGAGAAGCUAGAGGAAGCUCGCAAGGUCUUCGAUGGCAUGGCUGGCCGAUGUAAGUGGAGACAGCAAGCUGGCCUUGGAGGUGUUCUUUGGCAUGGCUCGGGAGAACGAUCCGGACGAGAGAACGUUUGUUGCUGCGCUCAUGGCCUGCAUCCACCUUUCAGCGUCCGAGCCACCUGUUCCGCGAGAAGAUGGAAAGCUAGUGCGAAUCCAGAGCCUAGAAAAGGGGAUGGAGAUUCAUUCUCUCGCCGCGAAGUUUGGACGCUGCGAGCACAGAUUUGUCGGGAGCAGCUUGGUGGACAUGUAUGCCAAGUGUGGAGAUAUGGUGAAAGCUCGAGCAGUUUUCAAACGCAUGCCUAGCCGGGACGUUGUCGUUUGGA